AUGGAGCCACCACCACAACUACACCUCCACCUCCACCGCCACAACUACACCUCCACCUACACCGCCACAACUACACCUCCACCGCCACAACUACACCUCCACCGCCACAACUACACCUCCACCUACACCACCACAACUACACCUCCUCCCGUCGCCCCCUACACCACCACAACUACACCUCCUCCUACACCGCCACAACUACACCUCCUCCUGUCGCCCCCUACACCGCCACAACGACACCUCCUCCUGUCGCCCCCUACACCACCACAACUACACCUCCACCUACGCCACCACAACUACACCUCCACCUACGCCACCACAACUACACCUCCUCCCGUCGCCCCCUACACCACCACAACUACACCUCCUCCCGUCGCCCCCUACACCACAACUACACCUCCACCUACGCCACCACAACUACACCUCCUCCUGUCGCCCCCUACACCACAACUACACCUCCUCCUGUCGCCCCCUACACCACCACAACUACACCUCCUCCCGUCGCCCCCUACACCACCACAACUACACCUCCUCCCGUCGCCCCCUACACCACCACAACUACACCUCCUCCCGUCGCCCCCUACGCCACCACAACUACACCUCCUCCCGUCGCCCCCUACACCGCCACAACGACACCUCCUCCUGUCGCCCCCUACACCACCACAACUACACCUCCACCUACGCCACCACAACUACACCUCCUCCUGUCGCCCCCUACACCACAACUACACCUCCUCCUGUCGCCCCCUACACCACCACAACUACACCUCCUCCCGUCGCCCCCUACACCACCACAACUACACCUCCUCCCGUCGCCCCCUACACCACCACAACUACACCUCCUCCCGUCGCCCCCUACACCACCACAACUACACCUCCUCCCGACAUCCCCUACGCCGCCGCAACUACACCUCCUCCUGUCGUCCCCUACACCACCACAACUACACCUCCUCCCAUCACCCCCUACACACACCCCGACAAUAA